AUGCUACCCAAAUUCCUUCUUGCAUUGGCUGCGACCGUUGCGGCGUUCUCUGGCCUGAUCAAUGCCCAGACAAACAUCACCGAGAAAGACUGUGCCUCCACAUCCGAGUACUCAAAGUGCAACAGGAAUGUCGCAGACAAAUGGAGCUCCUGCGUCCGAGGCUGCAACGGUAAUGGCAACUGUAUCGUGGACUGUGGCUGCGAGUCCCACCAGAAGUACAUCAAUUGCAUGGCGGAGUCCUGCUGGAACCAACAGUACUUCGCCAUCUGCCCUAGCGCCAGAGAGCCAAUCCCCUUCUGGCCUCCUCCAGACAACGCGCCAAACCGCUGCUCCUGUAAUCUCGGCAAGAUCACUCAAACGGCCAUAUCCUCGCGUAACCAGCAGGUCAAAUGCAUGCACGACGUCACCGACAAAAUCAGCGCAGACAUCGGCACCAUCUCCGACCCGUCGAACCUAACUAACGGCCUCGAUGUUGCCAACCGCGCCUCGGAAUGCGCCUGCUGCGGAGCCAGCGCUAGUAUCUCCGCAUCCUGGGACAUCUGCCCACACACUGAGCCUACUCUGGCCGGCGCAGAUAUGUGGGGAGUUUUCUUCCCCUCCGAUCUGCCCAAUCUAUAUACCUCCCUGCCGAACUGGGCAUGGUCGUCAUGUGACUCGACGCUCAAGAACACCAAAUGCGAGGACCUAGGGUUCACCGGCGCGGAUCGGUUCUACCAGCCCGGCGAUUUCCCCACCAACGGCACCUCGACCCUGUACGAAGUUGGCGGUACGGUUACAGCGCCCCCUAGUGGUACCGUUCUCACUUGGUCCCAGGUCUCGACUACGUACACCGUUACCGCCACUGGGUAUGACCUCAAGGCUGUUGCUAGUCAGAGUGAGCACCGUGCUACGGCUACCAGUACUGAACAAGGGCCUGCAUCGCAUACUGCUGAUAGUGGUGCGGGGGCUGUGAGGAAUGGUGGUGCUAGUGGUGUUGGUGGUGCUGUGGCUGCUGUUCUUGCCGUUCUUAUGCUUUAA